AUGGGCAAGCCUAUCGUCCUCCAGCUCGGCGACGACAUCAAAUGGAACCAUGACCUCUACAAGGACUUCACCUCCAAGUUCGAGAUUCGCCGGUCGUACAGUAUGCCGCGCGCCGAGUUCAUCCAGGCACUCAAGGACAAGAAGUUUGGCGACUUCUUUGCUAUCUACCGCCCCUUCUGGAACACGGGGGGUGAAAUGGGCAACUGGGACAAGGAGCUGAUCUCUUUUCUGCCCUCGUCGUGCAAGAUCUACGCCAGCGCCGGCGCCGGCUUUGACUGGGUUGACACAGAGACUCUCGCGAGCCGGGGAAUCGUCUACUGCAACGCCGCCGCCGCGUGCACGGAGUCCGUCGCCGACGGCGCCAUCUGGCUCAUCCUUUCCGCCUUCCGCCUCUUCUCGUGGUCCGCCACCGCCGCCCGCUCCGGCGACCCCGACCGUUUCGUCGACGCCAACAAGAACCUUGGCGCCGUCUCCCGGAAUCCCAACGGCUUCAGCCUGGGCAUCAUUGGCUUCGGCAAGAUCGGCCGCCGCAUCGCCGACAAGGCCCACAAGUCCUUCGACAUGAAGAUCCUCUACAACGACGUCGUGCGCAUGCCCCCCGAGCUCGAGAGGCCCUCCGCCGCAACCUUUUACAAGGACAUAGGCGACCUGCUGGCCACGGCUGACUGCGUGCUCGUUGCGACGCCAUUCGCGGGAAAGACCCUCAUCGACGCGGCUGCCAUCGCCAAGAUGAAGAAGGGUGCCAAGCUCGUCAACAUUGCGCGCGGCAAGCUCAUCGAGGAAGAGCCCCUCGUCGCCGCCUUGAAGAGCGGCCACCUCUCCGCAGCCGGACUCGACGUCCACUACGACGAGCCCCACGUCAACAAGGAGCUGAUCAAGAUGAAGAACGUCGAGGUCCUCUCACACAACGCCGGUGCGUCGCUGGAUGCGCACAUGGGCUUCGAGAGGCUGGGCAUGGAGAACAUUAUUUCCUUUGCCAAGACGGGCAAGGCUAUCACGCCCGUCAACGUCCACAUGAUUACCAAGAGUCGCCUGUAG